AGUGUUUUCAACACGACGUCGAGUAUCUACGUCACCGCUUGAGUGAGGAGAAGAGGUUUCGAUUGAUACAGAAAUGGAAACAUUGUUUCAUUCGCACAAAUAAAUGUUAGUUUACUAACAUCGUGCAUUGCGAUUACAUCGGAUAAACCAUCUUCGACGAUUGCAGGGCAUCAGUGAGUACAAGAAGAAAUUUAAACACCGGGUAGCGCGCUCCAGAAGCGCCUCUCCUCAGCGACGGAUGCCCUUAGCUGGACUUCGAUCUGACCAGAUGGGUAUCAGUCGAGAGCCUCAGUUUCUGUCCAAGAGGAAGGUGCCCUCCUCCCACACGCUCCAGGUAUCCAGCUCCUUCCAAUGGAACCCCACCACCACACAGCCCCCACAGAGACGGGAUGAGACCCCCAGACCUGGUACCUCUCCCCUGGCUCCUACCCCAGAGAGAGUCCACACCCCUCUGGCUCCUAGGGGUCCCCCUCCUCCAGGGGACCCCCAACGUUGCCCGACCACUCUUCAGGGCCAGACCAAUAACCGGAGCCCCCUGGCUACUGUAGAGAGACAGGACCAAGCUUUCAAUGGGGUUGACCAUGUGUUGAGGAGGAAGGCAGGGCUGAAGUCGUCUGGACAGAGGACUGGAUUACAGAACUCAGAGUACAGGAAACAGUUUCCGUGGAAGACACCUGUAGCUGGCCACGCCUCCCCACUGCUGGCUGCAGAACAGAUGCUGUACACCAGCCACCGGUCCAUCCCUCCCUUCAAGUCUAACCCGGUGGUGGUGUUGGAGAGUGAGUACAGCAGGAACUUUAAAGCUUCUCCUCCUCCCAGAGGACCACGGCUACGCAGCGAUGUAGACGGGGACCAGGUACCUCUGUUCCAGAGAGAGAAUGUUUCACCUGAGAAAGCAUCAAAGAGCAAGCGUAAGAAGAAGAGGGAAGAGAGAGAGAGAAAGUCCAGCAUCGUAGAGGAGAACAUUCCAGUUCCACAGCCUCAGGAGCAGCAGGCGGACCAGGAAGUGAAGUCACAGAGCCCCCAGAAGGCACAUCUUCCCCACAGAAAGGUGAAAUCAGAGUAUAACGCCAACUUCCGCUCUCCGCUGAACUACAUAUAUAAGGACGGAGCCUGGGUCAAGGCUACCACGGUAGGAGAGGAGGGGCGUGACAGUCAGCAUAGUCACGUUUGGUAUCACGAGGUGCAAGAGCUUCGUAAGAAGGCAGAGGCCUACAGACAGAGGGCGUGGGGGACCCAUUUCUCCCGCCUCCACCUCAACCAGAUCCUGUCAGACCAGAACCAGCUGUGGGAGGCCUCCACCCCUUCCUCCUCUAACCUCAGCUCUGGGACAGGUUCAGGGGACCGGGAGGAAGACAGCAGCAGGAGCCCUACCCCCCAGGCUCUGGAGCUCGCUAGGGUUGACAGUAGCUCCAGCUCCGUAGCCGGACCCCCUCCCCUCACCCCUGUGUCCAGUAGAAGGAGCUCCCCCCGGGGGGCUGGGAACACAGCAGGCCCCCCUGGUCACCCUAACCCUGGAGCCCUUACCCUACCUGUUCAGAGGAGACUAGCCUGGGAGGAGGAGACAGGGGCUGGGGGUGGAACGGGGGAGAAGGAAGAGGAGAAGAGAGAGGAAGAAGAGGAGAAAGAGAGAAAGGAGAGAAAGGAUGAGCUGAGGGUGCUGGACCAUCAUUCGUCGUCUGUAGCAGGCUCCCACAGUUCCAGAGAGGGUGGCAGGAUGCCCACACCCACACUGCAAAGGAUCGCUACUGUUCAGAGAACUCACCACGACCUGACUACUCCAGCCACUGGAGGGGCUAUCCUGGUGUCUCCUCCUAAGAUGGAGGCUAAUGGUUGGGUGAAGAGAAGUGAACCUCCGCUGGGUAAAAGCCGUUCCCCAUUUAAACACCUCUCUCUGACCUCGCCACAACGAGCAGCCAGACAGAAUGAGGAGCGGAACCAGCCCCGGUCCUCUCCAGCAGCAGGGGUGACCACUGUGGACCCCCUCCCCCUGAGAGAGGACUCCUGGUCUGGGGAGACCUCUCCAGAGAACCCCCCUGAUCCUCCACCGGAGGCCAAACCCUCCCGUAAACGCACCACCAGCGGACGACCCAACGCCGCCGUCCCUCCACCUGUUAACCGCAUCCAGGGGACGCUCAGAGACCCAGAGUUCCAACACAACGGUAAUUUAGGCCUGAGGACGUCUGAGCUGCUGCUGUGUCCUGGUGGUGGCUGUGGAACUGAUGAUGAAGAUGACAGGAUGUCCCAGAUCUCAUCCAGGUCAGCAGCGUCCUGCUCCAUGGCCUCCCAGGUCCUGGACCGAGCCCAGAGGAGGAAGGACCACUUCUGGGGGAAGAGAUAACAGGACGCGCUGACCCCCCUCACAAUACAUCCCAAAUGGCACCCUAUUCCCUAUGUAGUGCACUACUGUUAAGAGGAGGAAGGAUAACUUUUGGGGGAAGAGAACACCACUGACACACACUAUGUCCUAAACCGGUAAAAUGGUCAAAUAAAAAAUAUAUAGUGUACUGCUCUAGCGGAUAGGUGUGAUGACAGCACACUACACUGGACCACACUGUCCUCCCCCUAAUAGUACCCUAUUCUGUAUGUAGUGCACUACCUUGGGCCAGACCCUUGAGAGGAAUAUAUUGGGGACAGGGUGUGAUGUCAACAGUGACAUUAGCUUCACAGCCUAUAGCCCAACCACUGCAGAUAGGAAGACAAUCAAUUGUUAUGGGUUUAUGUGACCAGUGUCCAGACUACUAGGGUGAAUCUGGGUUUAUGUGACCAGUGUCCAGACUACUAGGGUGAAUCUGGGUUUAUGUGACCAGUGUCCAGACUACUAGGGUGAAUCUGGGUUUAUGUGACUAGUGUCCAGACUACUAGACUCAAUCUGGGUUUAUAUGACCAGUGUCCAGACUACUAGGGUGAAUCUGGGUUUAUGUGACCAGUGUCCAGACUACUAGGGUGAAUCUGGGUUUAUGUGACUAGUGUCCAGACUACUAGACUCAAUCUGGGUUUAUGUGACCAGUGUCCAGACUACUAGGGUGAAUCUGGGUUUAUGUGACCAGUGUCCAGACUACUAGGGUGAAUCUGGGUUUAUGUGACCUGUGUCCAGACUACUAGGGUGAAUCUGGGUUUAUGUGACCUGUGUCCAGACUACUAGACUCAAUCUGGGUUUAUAUGACCAGUGUCCAGACUACUAGGGUGAAUCUGGGUUUAUGUGACCUGUGUCCAGACUACUAGGGUGAAUCUGGGUUUAUGUGACCUGUGUCCAGACUACUAGACUCAAUCUGGGUUUAUAUGACCAGUGUCCAGACUACUAGGGUGAAUCUGGGUUUAUGUGACCAGUGUCCAGACUACUAGACUCAAUCUGGGUUUAUAUGACCAGUGUCCAGACUACUAGGGUGAAUCUGAGUUUAUAUGACCAGAGUGUCUAGGCUGAAUCUGGGUUUAUAUAUCCAGAGUGUCUAGGCUGAAUCUGGGUUUAUAUAUCCAGAGUGUCUAGGCUGAAUCUGGGUUUAUAUAUCCAGAGUGUCUAGGCUGAAUCUGGGUUUAUAUAUCCAGAGUGUCUAGGCUGGGUCUGGGUUUAUAUAU